AUGGCGCAAACACCCCAGCAAAGGCGAGCGAACCUCAAGUUCCAGAAGGAUCAGGAGGCCCGUCGUGGCAAGUCGGAGGACCAAAUCAAGAAGCGCGUAGAAAAGGCGCCCAAGUCUCCUAUCUCCAUGUUCUGGCUCGUUAUCCUCGGCUUUAUCGUCUUCGGCGGUCUCGUCUUCGAGGUUCUGUCGCGUCUGUUCCUCAACUAA